AUGUCAAGCGACGAUGAGACAGCCAAGUCGGAAGACCCCAUCAUCAUUGUCGGCGCAGGGCUAGCCGGCCUAGUCGCAGCCUAUGAGCUGACGCAGCGCAAUGUGCCGGUCCUCAUCCUGGACCAGGAAGGGGAGCAGAACCUGGGUGGCCAGGCCUUCUGGUCCCUAGGCGGCAUCUUCUGCGUCAAUUCCAAAGAGCAGAGACGCCUGGGCAUCAAAGACAGCCGCGAGCUUGCCAUGCGCGAUUGGCUCGGGUCCGCGCGUUUCGACCGCGAGGACGAGGACUUCUGGCCGCGCAAAUGGGCUGAGGCCUUUGUGAACUUCGCCACCGAUGAUAUGGAGGACUACGUCAAGGCGCGCGGCAUGGGCUUCCUUGUGAACGUCGGCUGGGCUGAGCGCGGGGAUGGGAGGGCUGAAGGGCAUGGCAAUUCCGUCCCGAGGUUCCACAUUACCUGGGGUACUGGGCCGGAGGUCGUGCGGGUGUUUGCGGAACCGGUCAGAGAAGCGGAGAAGAAAGGCCUGGUCCAGUUCAAGUUCCGACACAUGGUUGACGAGGUGCUGGUGGACGAGGACGGCAGGGCAAGCGGUGUCCGCGGGCGGGUGCUGGAGGCGGAUAACGUCGAAAGGGGCGCCAAGUCGUCAAGGAACUCAGUGGGCGAGUUCGAGUUCCAUGGAUCCGCUGUCAUGAUCUCGUCUGGUGGUAUCGGAGGCAAUGUUGAAGCAGUCAAGAAGGCCUGGCCAGUGGAUCGCCUGGGCCCGAAGGUCCCAGAGAACUUCGUUAUCGGCGUUCCCGCCCACGUCGACGGUCGAAUGAUUGGUAUUACUGAAUCGCUCGGCGGUCGCGUUAUCAAUAAAGACCGCAUGUGGCAUUACACCGAAGGCCUUCAGAACUGGGAUCCCAUCUGGCCGGCUCAUGGCAUUCGCGUCCUGCCAGCACCGUCAUCGCUAUGGCUUGAUGCAACGGGCAAGAGACUCCCUCCAUUCCUCUACCCUGGGUGCGAUACGCUGGCAACGCUCAAGUAUAUCUGCAGCACCGGCUACGACUACACCUGGUUCAUCCUCGACCAAACCAUCAUCGCCCGCGAGUUCGGCCUCUCGGGCUCCGAGCAGAACCCCGACGUGACAAACAAGAGCAUAUGGCAGCUGCUCCUCAACAGAAUCUUCAGCUCAAAGGGCCCAGUUCCGGUCCAGAACUUCCAGAAACACGGCAUAGACUUCGUCGUACGGGGUAAUCUGGAGGAUCUAGUUGCUGGCAUGAACGAGCUGGCCAAAGCUGCUGGUGGCCCUGUGCUGGAUUACGACAAGGUCAAGGAGACGGUCGAGACCCGCGACGGCCAGAUGGACAACAACUACUGCAAAGACGCGCAGGUGCUGCUAAUCCGCAACGGGCGCAAUUACUGGCCCGAUAGCCGCAGUCGUAUUGCACCUCCGCAUCGCCUGCUCGACCCCAAGCACGAACCGCUGAUCGCGGUGCGGAUGAAUCUGCUCACGCGCAAGACGCUCGGCGGGCUGGAGACAAACUUGCAAAGCAAUGUAAUGAAAACAGGCGGUGAGCCUUUUCCGGGGCUGUAUGCUGCUGGUGAGGCUGCUGGGUUUGGCGGAGGAGGCGUUCAUGGUUACAGCUCUCUUGAGGGGACGUUUCUUGGAGGAUGCAUCUUCUCGGGCCGGGCUGCUGGGAGGGCAAUUGCCGAUGAGGUCUUAGGAAAGUAG